AUGCCGAAUCGCAAAGAGAGUCUGUUUUACGAGAAGAUCAAGCCCUGCAUUGAGAAGUACCUACCACGUUAUUCCCCCUCAGAAGAGGGUCACAUACAAUUCGAGUGCGAGUGCGAAUUUUCUUACGGAAAUAGUGGCUUCCGCGAUAAAUACCAAUCUGCCAGUUGUGACUUGUUGAACGCUUUAAAUAAGAGCGGUAUUUUUGUGGCAUUGCUAUUCGUUAAGUAUAACUAUGAAACGGCUAAGAGGCAUAACCUGGUUGGAGGCCAAUUGGAAGGGGGAGGGAAGGACUUCCACCAUGUGUGCGGUUUGGGCCAAGUUAGAUGGAAAAAUGUAGGCAUAAUAAUCACAGCUUCGCAUAACCCCCAUGAUGAAAAUGGAGUAAAAAUAAUUGACCAAAAUGGGAGACAAAUAAAUGAAGUAUACGAAAGUUAUUUAACCGAUCUGGUAAAUAGACAUUUGAGAUUUCUUCGGAAAAAUGAAAAAUGCUCCAUCGAUGCCAUCGUCGAUGAUAUAAUCGACUGCGUUGCUCGUCUCUUCAAGGAAGAGGCACACAUCGACAUGUAUGAUGAUGUCUCUUUUGAGAGCUUGCGCCAGUUGGACCACAUGGUGCACUGCUUUAAUAGGCAUAAUGUGCUGAAGGCGAAUGUGUGCAUCGGGUUUGACACGAGGAGCAGCUCCCUACACCUCAACCAGGUCCUCCUCGAAACGUUGACUCACCUGAACAUCUGCAAGUGCGUAAAUAAUAUGUGUUAUGUUACCACGCCGUGCAUGCACUUUGUUGUGUAUUUUCUGAACGCAGUUAAUGUGGAUGAAGCGUUGGACUCGGAGGUCAUCAAUUUGGAGGGAUGCACUCUCCAUAAGGAAGUGGGCGACUUGGAUUACCUUACCCGUUUCUGCAUCCCGGGCGGGAGGCUUCCACCCCUGGAGCUGUACUACGGGGGGGGUGAGCAGCCAUAUGAUCAACUUUCACAUAUUCAGGCGGCGACAAAUACGCUGCAAAAAAGCGAUGUCACCCAUCUCAUGGGUUAUAACAGCGACCGGAUAUAUUUUGCCUACUUUACGCACGCGUUUAGGAAGCUCUACAGAUGCCUUGACGAAACAUUUGACGGACCUCUGACGAAAAAUGGUGAAGAAGAGAUUAUCCAUGUGGAUUGCUCCAACGGAAUAGCUAGCCUCAAAUUAGACAAUUUCGGUGAUGUUUUUAAAAUGUUAAAAAAGAGAAUUAUUAAGAUAAAUUCUCUGGAGGAUGAAGGAGGCGUUUUGAACUUCCAGUGCGGAGCAGACUAUGUGUACAGCAGGAGGAAGCUACCUCGUGGUGGAAGGAGCUGUCUCGAGGAUGGCCACACGAAGUCUUGUUCAUUUGACGGGGACGCUGACAGGAUCGUCUACUUCUAUGUGGACGACAGAGGGAGGAAGGAAGAGGGUAUCCCCGAAGAGGUCGACACAACAUCGUCCCCUCCGAUGAGAAAUACAAAAUGGGACCAUCCUCAGAAUGACGAACCUUUCAGCUGUGCCGACACUGUGUCCAUCCUAGACGGGCCAAAAAUGAUAUGCCUAUUUUUCAAGUGCAUCACCAAAAUGAUGAGUCACAUUCAGGUGGGGAAAAUAGACGCAAAUUCUGAACCGGAAAAAGAAAAACAAAAAAUUAACAUUACCAUUGUGCACACAGCUUACGUCAACUCAGCUUUUACUCAUCACGUGAAUGAAGAGAAACGACGCGCCAGCGAAGAUGUAGACCUCUUCCAACAUAUUAAUCUAAAUAUCGUUUGCACGAAAACGGGGAUAAAGUACCUCGACCAGGUUGCAAGAAGAUCCACCAUCGCGAUAUUGUUCGAGCCGAAUGGCCACGGCACGAUCUACACAAAUGUCUCCCAAUUGGACGACUGGGCCACUCGGUUGGACAUCCGAAAUGAUAAAUACUUUAUCGCGUUGAGAAAAUUUCUCCUUUUUUUUAAUCAAACCACAGGAGAUGCCAUGGUCGAUUUUGUUGCCAUCGAAUUGUGCCUCUCCUUUCUCCAUCUGCGUAUACACGACUGGGAUGGUUUUUACACCCCCCUCCCUUCCCUCUACGUCAAUUUGGUCGGUCCUAAACAUAUGCUGAGCAAGAUAAUUCCGCACCCCGAGCAUGAAAAGUACCUAGUCGCGCCGCAGAGUCUGCAAAAUGGGAUAGACCAAAUUGUGCAGACAGUGGAUGCCACGCACGGGAGAUGCUUUAUAAGGCCAUCUGGGACGGAGUCCCUCAUUCGCAUUUACGCGGAGGCGACAACUGUUGCUCAGCGGGAUGAGAUUCUGCGCCUGGUGCGGGGCGCCGUCCUUCAGUAUUUGGCAGGCGCGUAUGUCCAAUCAGCCCCUUGUGCAAGUUAG